GGGGGCGGCAUCCGGGAUUAGGCGCGGCUUUUGCUUCUCGCUCCAGCUUGAGGUCGGUUAGGACCUCACCGUCCGACUUCCACCAGUCAGGGAGGCCUAGGUGAUUCGGGCAUAGCUUCAGCCUCCGUCGCUCUGUGACUUGCGCUUAUUGGAUGAUUCGUAGCUGAGACUCCGUGACACCCCUGAAGUGGGGAAAUGGAACACUUAACAUUCAGAGAUGUGGCCAUAGAAUUCUCUCCAGAAGAGUGGAAAUGCCUGGAUCCUGCACAGCAGAAUUUAUAUAGAGAUGUGAUGUUGGAGAACUACAGAAACCUGGUCUCCCUGGGUGUUGCUAUCUCUAACCCAGACCUGGUCACCUUUCUGGAGCAAAGAAAGGAGCCCUACAAUGUGAAGAUACAUGAGACAGUAGCCAAACACCCAGCUAUGUGUUCUCAUUUCACCCAAGACUUUUUGCCAGUGCAGGAGAUAGAAGAUUCAUUCCACAAACUUAUAUUGAGAAGAUAUGAGAAAUGUGGACAUGAGAAUUUACAAUUAAGAAAAGGCUGUAAAAAGAAGGUACAGAAAGCAGGUUAUAAUGAAUUUAGUCAAUGCUUGUCAACUACCCAGAGCAAAAUAUUUCAGUGUAAUGCACAUGUCAUAGUGUUUAGUAAAUUUUCAAAUUCAAACCAACAUAAGACAGGAUAUACUGGAGAGAAACACUUUAAAGAAUGUGGCAAGUCAUCUCAGAAGUUCUCAGACGUAACUCAGCAUAAAGGAAUUCAUGCUGGAGAGAAACCCUACACAUGUGAAGAAUGUGGCAAAGACUUUAAAUGGUCCUCAAACCUUACUAAGCAUAAGAGAAUUCAUUCUGAAGAGAAACCCUUCACAUGUGAAGAAUGUGGCAAAAUCAUUACCUCAUCCUCAAACGUUGCCAAACAUAAGAAAAUUCAUACUAGAGAGAAACUCUACAAAUGUCAGGAAUGUGGCAAAGCCUUUAAUAGGUCCACAACCCUUACUAAACAUAAGAGAAUUCAUACUGGAGAGAAACCCUACACAUGUGAAGAAUGUGGCAAAGCCUUUAGACAGUCCUCAGUUCUGAAUGAACAUAAGAGAAUUCAUACUGGAGAGAAGCCCUACAAAUGUGAACAAUGUGGCAAAGCCUUUAGACAAUCUGCAACCCUUAAUAAGCAUAACAGAAUUCAUACUGGAGAGAAACCCUACCCAUGUGAAGAAUGUGGAAAAGCCUUUAGUCGGUUCACUACCCUGAAUGAACAUAAGAGAAUUCAUACUGGAGAGAAGCCCCACAAAUGUGAAGAGUGUGGCAAAGCCUUUAUAUGGUCCACAGACCUAAAUAAACAUAAGAUAAUUCAUACUGGAGAGAAACCUUACAAAUGUGAAGAGUGUGGCAAAGCCUUUGGAUGGUCCGCAUACCUGAGUAAACAUAAGAAAAUUCAUACUGGAGAGAAACCUUAUAAAUGUGAAGAGUGUGGCAAAGCCUUUAUAUGUUCCAGAGCCCUGAAUAAACAUAAGACAAUUCAUACUGGAGAUAAACCUUACAAAUGUGAAGAGUGUGGCAAAGCCUUUGGAUGGUCCACAUACCUGAGUAAACAUAAGAAAAUUCAUACUGGACAGAAACUUUAUAAAUGCGAAGAGUAAUGUGGCAAAGCUUUUGGAUGGUCCACAAUCCUGAAUGAAAAUAAGAGAAUUCAUACUGGAGAAAAACCCUACAAAUGUAAAGAAUGUGGGAAAACCUUCAAACAGUCCUCAUACCUGAAUCAACAUAAGAAAAUUCAUGCUGGAGAGCAACCCUACAAAUGUGAAGAAUGUGGCAAAGCUUUUGGAUGGUCCACAACCCUGAAUGAACAUAAGAAAAUUCAUAUGGGAGACAAACCCUACAAAUGCAAAGAAUGUGGGAAAGCCUAUAAACAGCCCUCACCCAUGAAUCAACAUGAGAAAAUUCAUAAUGGAGAGAACCCCUACAAAUGUAAGGAAUGUGGCAAAGUCAUUAUGUCAUCAUCAAACUCUGCUAAACAUAAGAGAUUUCAUACUGGCGAGAAACCAUAUAAAUAUCUAGAAUGUCGUAAAACCUUUAAUAGCUUCACAACCCUAAUUAAACAGGACGAUUCAUACUGGAGAGAAACCCUACACAUGUGAAGAAUGUGGCAAAGCCUUUAGACAGUCCGGAAACCUUUAUGUACACAGGA